CUAUAUUCUACCUUAUCCAAAUUAUUCAAUGCAACAUGAAACGAUUAUACUCUCUGUACACAGUUACAAUGCAACCAUAUCUAGACUUCACGGUUUGAUUUGACAGGAUGUGAUACUGGAUAUCCGGUGUAUCACGAUCAAGCAAUACCCGGAUACAGCAUCUAUAUCCUCAUUCAUCCAAACAAGACAGCAUAAAUAUCACCACAAUCCCAUUCCCAUCUCGCAAUCCAUUCCACCAUCAGCACCAUCAAUCUCAUCAUCUCAUCUUAUCUACUAUCCAUCAUGAAGUUCAGCAUCCUCACUACUGCCCUGGCUCUCUUCGCCUCACAGGCCAUCGCCAUGCCUGCUGAGACCAACUCCCCUGCCACUGAAACCUCACUCGAUAUGCCCACCAUCACCGACCUCACCAACUUCAAUGCUUCCGAAUGGACCACCUUCCCCCUGAGAAUCUGUAUUCCUGCCAUUUGCUUCCCUAUCUCGAUCAUUGGCAUCUCCAUCCCGUGUCCAUUAACACUCGUUCCUGGAAUCAAUGGUUGCACCGCCCCGAGCGGCGCCUGCUGUGUUGUCAUCGGUAGUGCUGAGGAGCUGGCUGCUCUUCCGCAGCCGAUUAUGCAGCAGCAGUUGCAGCAGUAGUCGCUUACAGGCGUAAUAUAAUCGGGUGGGAUGGUGGGGAGAGGAGGGGAGGGAAGUGGACGUGUGUGUCUCUGGUUAUGGUUGUGGUUAUUCAAUUCUGGUGUUGUCUUUGUCCAGGGCCCUGGGAUGUACAUUCUUUAGCUGGAAUUGAUUAAUAGUCAUUCUUUUGGG